AUGUGGAACGACCAUAAUCUUUACGACAAGGAGAUUGGACGCGUAUACUUGACCGACAAAGCCCAAGUGCGCCUGUUCAACUCCUCGUCGUCCCUCGAUGAGCUACACUCGGCUUUACAGACCCUCGACCUGGCAGACGAACAACGGUUGAGGCCAAACUGGGACCAGUAUUUCAUGCAGCUGGCCUCUCUCGCCGCCCAAAGAAGCAACUGCAUGAAAAGAAGAGUGGGAUGUGUGCUCGUCCGAGAGAGUCGCGUCAUAAGCACGGGAUACAAUGGGACACCGCGGCAUCUUCCAAACUGCAACCAAGGUGGAUGUCCACGAUGCAACCGCGGGGAUGGAGGAGGAGUCGGUCUCUCAACCUGCCUUUGCCUCCAUGCUGAAGAAAACGCAUUAUUGGAAGCAGGCCGAGAGCGGAUUCGAGAGGGGGCGAUUCUAUAUUGUGAUACAUGCCCUUGCUUGACAUGCACUGUUAAGAUCGCGCAGGUUGGAAUAUCGGAGGUUGUCUACUCUCAAGGGUACAACAUGGAUAACGACAGUGCAGCUAUCUUACAGGCAGCGGGCGUACGGCUACGACAAUUCCACCCGGUAGCCAAUUUUCCUUCUAUACCCUUACCUCUCGGAUACGUAACUAACUCUAAGCUCACAGCCUUCAAAUGGACUCAUCUAUCUUCAGGGUUCUGUCUGAGCAAUCAGUCACAACCGACAACCGGUAACCCACAAUACGACAAUGGACGCGCGGAAUGA